UUAAAAAGCGAGCUGUGUGGAACUUUGUAAAUUUUACCGUGCUGUGAAUGGUAUCACUUGAGCCAAAACCCAGCAUUUAAGCAAUAAAAAUGGUAGUUAAAACAGCCAAUUCCGACAAAGCAUCGAAGACCAAACAGUCUCACAUCGCUUCAGUGUGGAACCGUGCUAUCAAACCCAAUUCGGAAUGGGCUGAAAAGGAUGAUUUUCUGGAUGUAGUAUACUGGGCCCGGCAGGUGCUAAGCAUUCUAAUUGGAAUAGUAAUGGGUCUCAUUCCACUGAAAGGAUUCGUUGCGCUUGCUUUGUUUGCCUUGCUGAACUGUGGUGCCGUUUAUCUGUACAGCACCAGCUUCCAGAACAUUGACGAGGACGCGUACGGUGGCAUGUGGGAAGUGGUGAAGGAAGGGUUCAUGACAUCUUUCGCGUGCUUUUUGGUCACGUGGAUUAUUUUCUACACCGGCAUCCAUUUCGAUAGCGUUGUAAUAGAGAAGAGUCUUUAGAAUCUUUUCUAAAUGCCAUUGUUACACACUCAUCCAUGGGAGAUUUGUAAAGCGGAAGUAAGGGGAUGCGCUCGUUGUUUUGAUUAAUUUAUUGUAUACAUUCAUCAAAUAAAACCCCGUACUGUGCGCGUUUUUACGCGUGCAACACAGAACAACCAAAUAAAGAGAAUGUAA